CCUUCGACAUCAUUCGACACUUGGGUCAGAUAAUCGAACAACGCUGAAGCAGUUACUGGAUAUGCCGCGAUUUCUCGUUUACGCCCCCGACUAUCCCGACUAUCUCGAAAAGCGACUCGCCGUGAGAGCAGAACAUCUUGCUCGUGGCCAGAUUGACACGGAUUCCGGCCUUGUUCUGUACAGCGGGCCCAUACUUCCCCGGCCGGGCACCAAGGCUCGAGAGGCGACUUUGCCGGAGGGCGUCCCAAACAUCGCGGGCAGCUUCACGGUCUACAAGAUGGACAGCCUCGAGCAGGUGUGGAAUCGAUUGAAGGAAGAUGUGUAUUGGAGAGCCGGUAUUUGGGAUCAGAGCAGAAUCAUUGUGGAAGAGCUCUUGAAUUAGACGCCUCGAAGGGAGCGAACGACGCUCGGAUCACAGCCCCGCAUCUAGUCUGAAAGCAGUACUCCUGUUCAAUGCAUAUAACCUCUAAGUG